AAUUUUUCAUUUUUUCUUCUCAUGAAUCAACGUGGUCUUCGAUAUCAUUUAUUAGGACAACGAGGUUUGACGAUAUGGUUUACAGGUUUAUCUGCUUCAGGUAAAUCCACCAUAUGCUAUUCUUUGGAAAACAAAUUGUUAGAAGAAGGAAGACUUUGUUAUUGUAUCGAUGGUGAUAUCAUGAGAAAGGGUAUCAAUAGCGACUUGAGUUAUACGAACAACGACCGUACGGAAAAUAUUCGACGCCUCGGAGAAAUUGCCACCAUCUUGACAGACAUGGGAGCUAUCACUCUAGUAGCAGCAAUAACUCCCUUUCAAAAGGAUAGAAUCAACAUAAGGAGAAUGCAUGAAAGAAAAAGACUCCCUUUUUGGGAAGUAUUGGUAGAUUGUAGGUGAUAGCCAACCAUUACAUUUCUGUUGAUCCCACUUGGUUCAUCUAAGGUCCAUUGAAUGUCUGUG